UUGAAUUUAACACACUGCGACGUCCCGGCCUUCUCCAUCAGUCAGGUCAGUCAAGUGUUAUCGAAGAUAAAGAAACGAAAGAGUAUUCGAAGAUGAAAAGACAAAAGAAAAGUGAAAUAAAUAUACAAGAUGGGGACACAGACAGACUCACUAGCCUACCGGACCAUCUUCUUCUUCAUAUAAUUGAAUUUAUGAACAUAAAACAUUCUGUUCAAACUUGUGUUUUGUCUAAACGAUGGAAAGACCUUUGGAAAAGUAUCACUAAUCUCAUGUUGCGACAUGAAAUGUAUCUAAACCGUAGUGACAUCUUCAACAAGUUUGUAUUCCGGAUUCUAUAUGGCCGUGACAACUCUCUUCCCCUUCAUAGCCUAGAAUAUGAUGUUGUAGAUCCUUCUAAAACCGCAGUCUUAGACGUCAUGAAAUAUGCUGCGUCACAUAAUGUGCAACAACUCAUUGUCCAUGUUAACUCAUUGUUCAAAGAAGAGGAUUUUGAAUUUCCCCCUUCCAUCUUUUAUUGUCAUUCUUUGACCUUUCUUAAGCUUGACUUUACGCAUAUGUUUCCAUUUUUUUUGAAUCGUAGUAAGAAUAUGUUUCCAAAAUCUUUGAAUUUGCCGGCAUUGAAAACCUUGCAUCUUAUUUCUAUUACUUUCACUACAAGUAACAAUGGUUGUGCUGAGCCCUUUUCGACAUGUAACAUGUUGAAUACUUUGCUCAUUAUGAGUUGUUAUUUAGAGGAUGAUGCACAAACCUUAUGCAUAUCCAAUUCUAAUAUUACUAGUUUAACCGUAGGUGGUACAAAAAAGUAUGAAGAAGCUCAUAAUUACAAAGUUGUGUUUUGUACACCAAAACUUACUUCUCUCACUAUCACUGGCCGUCCUACUUACCUAGCCCCUUCUGCAUGCAAUUUACCUUUUAUCGAAGAAGUAAAUGUUGAUUACACUUUUCUUUAUAUACCAUAUGAAGGUUUAGUCAUGAGUAGUUGGUUGCAAUUGCUUGCUAAUGUCAAGAUAAUGACUCUCAGUUUCCAUACCCUUGAGCAGAUACUUAGUGUUCUGAAAAAUAAUGGUUUAGUGAAAAAUCAACCUCCUUGCUUUGUUAGAUUGAAGUCGUUGAAAGUGGAGUUAAGAUGUGAUUCAAAGAUAUCUAGUGAGGAAGUUAGAGGAAUGGUAAAUUAUCUACUUCAAAAUUCUCCACAAAUCAAAGUUGAUAUCAUUAAGCAGCCAUGCGGGAGUGGUACUUUUAGAGAGUGUUGUUAUGCAAAGUUUGAAGCAGCAGAUUAAUCAAUUAAUGGAGCAAUACAUAUUGAGGUCUGAGGACGAUGGUGGUGUCAGUAAUGUUGGCUACAACAACCAGCUCUUUGUAUAACAAUAUUUAUUUGUUUUAAGUCAUGGUAUUUGUAUAGUUAAUUUGUGAUAAUUAGUUGCAUAAUGAGUACUUUGUGUAAGAUUAAUUAAAUAUGUUUUUAGUUGU